AUGGCUGCCGAAGUCGACGUUCGAGCCGUGUCGGCCUUUUCAUCACUCCCUGAGUCCUCGGUCAAUUCGCUUCUGACCAAUCCAACAGCCGAGCUGGUGACUUCUCUGCUCAAGGCUAUCGAGGCAAAGGUCAAAGAGUUUGAACAGAACAAGUCUCAAAAGGUCAAGCUCGAGGUCGAGUUGGAGACAGUUGUGAGGACGAGUGAAUCCAAGGCAAAGGUGCUGCAAAAUUCCCGAGACAAGGCCCUUGCGGAGUCCAGUAAACUACGCGUGGAAUUGCAGACUUCCGAGAACGUCCGCUCGAGGCUGGAAUCUGAGCUUGAACAGUAUCGCGCUGCAACCACGAACGAGAGCUCAGAGAUCAACACGCUUAAGUCGCGUAUUUCUUCCCUUGAAGCCUCGAACCGAGACACCCUCGCACUUCUCGAGUCGAAGAACACGGCCUACGAAAGCUUGUCCCAGGAUCUGUCCGCGCAGCACCAGAAGGCAGCCGAGCUUCGAAAGCAGGUCACAGCGCUGGAACAAUCAGUUCAGUCCGCAAACGCAUCCCUCACAAGUGCAAAGUUCAAGGAGCAAUCUCUAUUGCAGGAGGUGGAACUGCUGAAGAAAAACAAUGAGUGGCUGGAGAAUGAACGAAGAAUCAAGGCCGAUGAGCAUACCAACUUCCGUAAGGAGAAGAAUGCUCGCAUUUCAGAGCUUUCAAGAUUGAAUGAACAGUACAUCUCUGAACUCGAGGCCCUGCGACGCUCCGAGUCGGCGCUGAAGCAACGUCUGGAGGAGCAGAUUACCAAGUUUGAAGAGACGCUGGAGGAGGUGCAGAAAAUGCGCGAAGACAAGAUUUCUGCCGAGGAUUCCUUCAGAGUCGAGCUCGAGAGUGUCAACCGCUUGGCUGAACUACAGGCUGCAUCCGCCGAGACCGCCAAACAGCGCGUCCAAGAACUGUCCGCGGCUCUGGAGGAGGCUCGUGAAGAGGCCGCAGAUGAGAUUGGUGCUAUCCGAGCUGAAAUUGAGACCGAGCACAAUGAUCGGGUGGCUGCUGAAGAGCGAGUCGCCGAGCUGGAAAGGUCCCUCGAACGACUGCAGGGCGAACUUGAGGAUGCUCGCGCACGACCGAGCACGCCUCACCGUGCAACCAAUGGCUCCGGCAUCACGACACCUCUCCGACCCGGGACCCCAAGUGGUAUCUUCUCGCCCGCAAGUGUAUCACGCGGAAAGUCACAGAUGACCAUGACCCAGCUUUUCUCCGAGUACAAGAAGCUUGAAAGUGAAUUAGCAGGCGAAAAGCGUGCCAGAGAGCAACUGCAGGAGAGCCUCGAUGCUAUGGUUGACGAGCUCGAAAACAGCAAGCCGGAGAUCGAGGAGCUGCGCGAGGAUCAUGCCCGCCUACAGAGUGAAGUCGUGGAGAUGUCGAGGAUUGUUGACAAAGCAAAUAGUGAUCGAGACUCGGCAGUAAAAGAAUUGAAGCAUGUACAAGGUCAGCUGAAGAGCGCGUCGAGAGAGGUCGAGGUUCUCGCACAACAGCUGCGCGACAAAGGCUCAGAGAUUCGCUAUCUGCUGGUGGAGCAGUAUGUCCGUGAGCAAGGCGAGGCUCUGACUCGGGAAGAUUUUGAGGAACUGGAAAGACAGACCCAAGCCGCCUUAUCCGAUGAUAUGGCCAAUUUGUCGGAAAACCAACAGUUGAUCAAUCAGCGUUUGGUUGUUUUCAAGAACAUCUCCGAGUUGCAGCAGCAGAACGAGGACCAACUGAAGACUAUCCGCAACCUGAUUAGCGAACUCGAAAGCAACGAGGCGAAGCAACAUGAGCAACAGAACCAUGCGCUCAACCAGGAACUGGAGCAAGCCCGCGCGCAAAUUGCCUCUUAUCAAGACGAGUUGAAAUCAAUGGUUGCUCAAACCAAGACGUUCAUCAAGGAGAGAGACAUGUUCCGCAACAUGCUCACCAGGCGUGGCGGCCAUCUACCGGGUCAAGUCCAACCGAACGAUUUCUCACGAUCACUACCUGUUCCCAGUGGCGAGUCUCCGGCAGGAUCGGUGCCCGGCGGCGACGCCGAUUAUGCCAAACUUCUUCGAGACCUCCAACAACAUUUCGACUCUUACCGACAAGAAGCCUCAACAGAUCACAGUGCUUUGAAAAAUCAAGUCGCGGAGUUGGGCAGGAAAAAUGCUCAGUUACAGACUGAGAUCAGUCGGACCGUUGGACAGUUGACAGCAGCAAAUCAACGUUAUGAGAUGCUGCAGGCCAACUACAACUCUCUCAAGACUGAGAAUGGCGAGAUUCAGAAGAGGUCGUGGACUGCGAUGGAGAACGCCACAAAGCAAGAACUAAAGACUCAACAAGUUGCGGAGGAGCUGGUCGAAGCUCGAAAUCUGCUGGACAGUCUGCGUCGAGAUUCCGCGAAUCUCAAGGCCGAGAAAGAUCUCUGGAAAACUGUUGAGCGAAGGUUGAUUGAGGAUAACGAAUCUUUGCGGAACGAGCGAAGUCGCCUCGACCAGCUCAAUGCAAGUCUGCAGACCAUGGUCAACGAGCGUGAGCAGACCGACGCUGAGACGAGACGGCGACUGCAGUCGCAAGCAGAGUCAUUAGAGUCCGAACUUCAGUCCACCAAGCGGAAGCUCAACGACGAAAUCGAAGAGAGCAAAAAGUCAGCAUUACGGCGCGAAUACGAACACGAACAGUCUCAGAAACGUAUCGAUGACCUCGUCACGACGCUAGGCACAACGAAAGAAGAACUCGCGUCCGCAAAGACAGCCCGGGAUCACCUACAAGCUAGAGUUGAUGAGCUGACUGUUGAACUUCGUUCUGCCGAGGAACGCUUGGAAGUCUUGACCAAGCCUGCAGAGCCUGCAAAUGGGACCGAUGCUGGGGAGGAGACGACUCUGAGCAAAGAACAAGAGUUGGCUGUGGAAGUCUCCGAGCUCAAGCGAGAUCUUGAGCUGAAGACGUCUGAGCUUGAAAGAGCGAACGAACAAGUCGAAGUUUACAAGAACAUCAGUCAGUCCAGCGAGGAACGUCUUCAAGAACUGAGCGAGACGAACGACCAAUAUCGAGAAGAGACAGAGGCCCUGGUUGCCGAAAAGGACGCCAAGAUUAAGGAUCUUGAACAGCGGUUGGAAGACAUCUCUGCUGAGCUCAGCACCACCAACCAGGAACUUUCACGGCUCCGGGAUGAACAAGCAGACUUUGGUCGGAAGCUGGAUGAGCAGAAGUCGGGUUUCGAGUCUGAAAUCGAACGGCUCAAAGAGGAGGCUGAAAAGAGUGCCGAGCAAGCCCAAUUCAACCUUGAGGCCUCGAAAGUCCAAGCACAGAUAGCGACAGAAGCACAACAGAACUACGAGAACGAACUCCUCAAGCACGCAGAGGCCGCCAAGGCUUUGCAUACUGUCAGAGAUGAAGCUAAUCAACUGAAGCUCGAAGUCGUUGACUUGCGAACGCAGACCGAGACUGCCAAAGGAGAUCUGGAGCGGAAGCAGGCCAGUUGGGACGAAAUGAAAGAACGGUACGAGACGGAGCUCUCGGACCUGAAGAAGCGCCGCGAAGAGCUGGCCCAUCAGAACAACCUUCUUCAUGGUCAGUUGGAGGGUGUCACUCAACAGAUCACAGCUCUGCAACGUGAUCGUACUGCGCUGGCGGAGACCAGCAAUGAGGAAUCCAACACUCAGCCUUCCGCGGAGCUUGAUAAACUCCAAGAAGUGAUCACGUAUCUCCGUCGGGAGAAGGAUAUUGUCGACGUCCAGUAUCAGCUCUCUGUUCAAGAAGGCAAGCGCCUCCGUCAACAACUGGAUUUCGCUCAGUCCCAGCUUGACGAAACUCGCCUCAAGCUCGACCAGCAGCGCCGGGCUGAAGCCGAUGCGGAGCGCAAUGCGCUCAGUCACAACAAGUUGAUGGACACUCUCAAUGAGCUGAAUCUGUUCCGAGAAAGCAGCGUGACUUUGCGAGCAGAAGCAAAGCAAGCUUCUCAAGCUUUGGCGGAGAAGACUAAGCGUGUCGAGCAGCUUGAGGACGAGAUCCAGUCUUCUCGGGCGCGCAUUGCAGAGUUGGAGAACCUGCUUGAGUUGAGAGAAGGGGAACUCAAGCUCAGCCAAGAGGACGGAGAUCACUGGCAGCAGCGUACCCAGAAUAUCCUCUCCAAAUACGACCGAGUCGAUCCUGCAGAACUCGAGGCUCUCAAGGAGAAGAUCAUUACCCUCGAGCGCGAACGCGAUGAAGCCCGCACCGAGCUUGCAACGGCUGUUACAGAGCGCGACGAGGCUCGGACCGCACUUCAAGCCCAGAUCGACGGUGCGCAGGCAGCAAUUGAUACAGCUAGAGGUGAUCUAAAGACGAGACUGGAGACUCAGUUCAAGGGCGUCAUUAAAGAGAAGAACACUGCUCUCCGCGAAAGAAAGUCUGAGCUUGAUGUCGUUGUCGCCGAAAGAGACGCUAUGCAAAUCGAGAUCGAUUCUCUGAAAGAGCAAUUAGCUGCCGCUCAAGCUCAGGCGACUUCAGCAGCUACCACUCAGGUCAACGGUCAUCCUCCUGCCGAACCCGAUGCUCCGACCACGAACGACACCACGGAUACCAAUACUGCCGAGCUAGAAGCCAAGCUGAAAGAACUUGAAGAGUCAUUGGCAGAGAAGGACAAGGAGCUUAACGAGCUGAAGUCGACGCAGGAAGAGAAGUUCAAGUCAAGGGUUGCAGCUAAUGAGGCUGUUCUCAACAAACGGCUGGCCGAGUUCAAACAACAGGCUCAGCAAGCGAAGGUUGCCGCUCUCGAAGAACUGAAGGCGAAGCUCGAUGCUGAGCAUCAACAAGAGAUCGAAGCUCUCCGCGUUAACUCUGUACCUGUCGCGACGGAGUUGCAGAAGCCAAGCGAAGAUGCGACGCCGGCUACGGCCCCUGUCACCCACGGGGAGAUCCCUGACGAUGUCUUGUUGUCUCUAUCUGACGAAAAGGCGAGGAUGCUCGCCAACCAGCACCAAACUAUACGGCGUAUUCUCGGCAAUACCAUCAAGAACAGGAUCGAGAAGGAGAAAGAAAGCAUGAGGGAGAGUAUCAAGAAGGAGCUCAGCGAGUCACAGGACUCCCAACCGGGUGGAUCUGUUCCUGCCACUGAUAACCCGCUUGAGGAGCAGCUUAACGCUCAGAAAGAGAACAUUAUCAAGCAGAAGGAGGCGGAGUUCGCAACCGAAAAGCAGGCUCUCCUCAAACAGUAUGAGGAGAAUCUCAACCGCGAGCGACAAUCACUUGCUAGCAAGCAUCAAGAGGAGCUUCGAACGCAGAAACUCCAUUUCGAUGAGGAGUCAGCCAAAAGGAUCGAAGAACAAGUCAAAAACGCUGAACAGUUGGCAGAAAAGCGGGGCGCUGUCAAGCUGAAUAUGUCUCAGAGCAGACUCGCCGUCGCAUCUGCGAAACUCGAUGUCGUCAAGAAAGCAGCAGAAGAGACUCCACAGAAGCCCGUCGGAGAAGUUUGGGAAGUGGCCAAAGACGCCAAACCGGCGGCAGCUUCUAAGCCAGCAGCUCCUGCACCGCCCGCUGCACCGACUCCAGCAAAAGUUACGACGGCACCUUCACCCACACCGCCCAAGCCAGAAGCUCCAAAGGCCGAGGAAAAUGCGCAGCCUCAAACUGUGGCUCCAGAACAACCUGCCGCUGUCCCGUCAACCCCACAACAACCAAAGCCGAAUCCGUUCCAGCCCUCUGCAACCCUUGCUACGCCUUCACAACCUGCCCAACCGGCACAGUCUACGGUUCCUGAAGCUAGCCGACAACCUCAGCAACCCGGCGCGGCAUUGAUGAACCAACUCCAGUCGGGCCUUCCUCGUGGCGGAUCCGUGCGUGGCCGUGCAAGCGGUAUCCCCAGAGGUCGUGGUGGAGCUCCUCGUGGCGGCAGAGGCGGUGGAGGCCCUAACGUACAUACCGCAGUUCCUCAACAAGCAGGUAGAGGUGGAGGAGGUGCACAGAGUCCUAGUAGUCGAGGUGCUUUGAAUCCUCAGGCUGCUCAAUUCACCCCUGGUGGCGGAAACAAGAGAGCUCGGGAGGAUGGCGAGGUCGCAGAAGGCAGUGGUCAGGGGAAGAGAAUACGAGGCGAGGGAGCCGCUGCACAGCAGCAGUAA